UAUCUAUAUAUAUAGCAGCUCCACCAAAUGGCGUAGUUUACUUCUGAACCUGCACUGAAGGAUGUCCGAGCGCUGUUGACAACCUGAAGGCUCUUAUGAUCUUUUCUUAUUUUUUCACCCUUGUGUGCCUUUUUCUUUAACCCUUUAUCCAACAUUAAACGGGGUCUUCCACUUUCAACCCAGGCUCUUCUGAGCGACUUUCUCCCCAGCUGCCCUUGCCAUGCAUUGAGGUGUCCAGUGGGCUCCAGGUCAGGGCUGUCCGUGUGAGAAGGGACUCUUGGAAGAGAAGAGAUUAACACAGAACAUGGCAUCAGCUGAAGAUGAACGCCUGGAUGAAACACUGGCCCACGUUAAAGAAGAGGACUGUAGGCGGGGUGCCCGACAGGACGUGUGUGUGAAGGAGGAGGAUUGUGAAGGGAGAAUUUCAGUUUUUAAAGAGGAGGACUGUAAGGGGGGCAUUAAACCUGAGGACUCGGAAGGCCUCUCAGAUUGUCUUAGAUUGCAAAUGUAUGAAACUGGAAAUCUUUUCAAGCAAGAUGCUAGUGAGGAAUCGCCCAGUUCACCACCCCGCUUCACGAAUGCGUGGAACUGGAAAUCUGAGUUAUCUGAAUCUGUGGAACUGAAAUCUGAGUUAUCUGAGUUUGAAGAGAAAAGCAAUGGAGGAAACGGAAGAGACGGAGCAGAGCAGCAGUCACCAGGGAGUGUGGGAACAGAUUUGUGGAAAAAUGGCAGCUUCUCACCCUCUGCAUUUGCUCAGGCCCCUCUUCAGGAUGACGAGAAGACACCAAGAAAAGGGUCAGUGAACCUGACAGCAGCCUCUUUCCAGGGUUGUCCUCUUCCAGCUCCCGGACAAACGCAGACUGACGCCACCAACGCUGCCCAACAGGAAGUGCAUAUUACAGACCAAGAGGCUUUGUGUGUCGGCAAGCAACGUGGCAAGUCCGAUUGCAAGGUUCAAAAGUCACUUCACAGGAGACCCAAGUCAUAUUCCUGUUCCGAAUGUGGCAAACCCUUUGCACGCAGGUACUGUCUUCACAACCACAAAAGAAUUCACACUGGCGAGAAACCUUAUUGCUGUCUGGUGUGUGGCAAAGGAUUCUCGCUGCUCAACAACUUUCAGAACCACAUGAGAAUCCACACUGGAGAGAAACCUUUUUGCUGCUCCGAAUGUGACAGGCGGUUUGCCGACCGAGGCAGCCUCCAAAGACAUACGAGAAUCCACACGGGUGAAAAACCGUUUUGCUGCUCCGAAUGUGACAGGCGGUUUGCCGACCGAAGCAGCCUCCAUAGACAUAAGAGAACCCACACCGGCGAGAAGCCAUAUAGCUGCGCUGAAUGUGGCAAACGAUUCUGUGACAGCAGCAGCCUAUGGCAGCACACCCGGACUCAUACCAGAGAGAAACCGUACUGUUGUCCUGAAUGUGGGAAGUGUUUCACACAGAGCAGUAGCCUCCAUAAACAUGCAAGAAUUCACACUGGAGAGAAGCCCUACUGCUGUCCUGAAUGUGGCAAACGCUUCUCCAACAGCUGCGGCCUUCGUACUCACGCCAGAAUUCAUGAGGGCAGGAAGCCUCAUGGCUGUUCAGAAUGUGGCAAGCAAUUCCUGCGAAAAAGCAACCUUCAGAGUCACUGGAGGAUUCACAAGAAGGGGGGCUCAGAAGUGGUCUAAGCCUUUAUAAAGAUUUACCGUCCGCCAGCCUUCCCUUCGUCUUUGGCCCUUUGCUCUUUCGGGUGGAGUGUUCGCCUCGACUUGGAGGAUGCUCAGAAAUAGUGGGAAAAAAGGAGGAGAGAUGAAGGAGUCAAAGGAGAGGCAUGUGAAAAAGUAAUGGCCCCCCCAUGAUAUGUUUAUUCCUUUUUUUUUUGUUUUAACAUAUGCAGACACAUCCGCAUUUUUUGUUCACUUAAGUGGUACCUAUAGAGAAAUGUAUUCUAAAAAAUAAUACAAAUGGGAUGUUGCAAUCAUCUACUCAAUUAUUAAUUAACAGAUCUGCUACUUGCAGGUGGUCCGGCCCUAAGAGCUGGUGUUGGGGUCUCCUGUCACUGCCUGGCAGUCUCUGACAUCACGACUGGGAGAGAAAGUUCUUCCCGCUCUGCCAUGCAGAAUUCUUUCCACUGUGAGAUGUUUGAGGGGUGCCUUGCAUGGACAGCCUGCUUCAAAUCCCCCCUAUAGCAGAUCUGGAACUUGACUUGGUCAUUCCAGAAUCUUCUAUUUCAUUUUUUUUUU